UCCCUCUUCAAAUCUUCAUACCUCUUGGCCUCUUCCGCUCUGAAAUGGUGUCUUCGUCUUCACUGCUAACGCUUCCUUCAACAUUUUCCCGCCUAAAUUUAUUCCCAAAAUCCUCAAUAUUAUCCUCCUUCACUUUCAAAGCCCUUAAUUUACUAAAAUUCCACAAGCAACAGCGUUUAAGACCCCUCAAUUAUCCUCUCCUUUAUUUUCCUCAUUCAUUCAGUUCUUCAGCAACUCAUUUCUCUACUUCAACAAUUUCUGUUUCGUCCAAAUCAUUUGAUGAUGAUUUGGUUGUUCUUGGCAUCGAAACCAGUUGCGAUGACACAGCAGCCGCUAUCGUGAGAGGAAAUGGCGAAAUUCUCAGCCAAGUUGUGUCUUCUCAGGCAGAUUUGCUAGCUCGAUAUGGAGGCGUUGCUCCUAAAAUGGCUGAAGAAGCACAUUCACAGGUCAUUGACCAGGUUGUGCAAGAUACACUUGAUAAAGCUGGUUUGACUGAAAAGGAAUUAUCUGCAGUUGCUGUCACUAUUGGACCUGGUUUAAGUCUAUGCCUUCGUGUUGGUGUGCAGAAAGCUAGGAGAGUUGCUGGCAGCUUCAAUCUACCGAUCAUCAGUGUGCAUCACAUGGAGGCUCAUGCUCUAGUAGCCAGGCUGGUAGAAAAGGAGUUGCAGUUUCCAUUCCUUACACUACUUAUAUCAGGUGGACACAAUCUGUUAGUUCUUGCUCAUGAUCUUGGUCAUUACACUCAACUUGGGACCACAAUAGACGAUGCAAUUGGUGAGGCUUUUGACAAGACUGCAAAAUGGCUGGGCCUUGAUAUGAGGAAGAGUGGUGGGCCAGCUGUUGAGCAACUUGCUCAGGAGGGUGACGCAGAAUCAGUUAGAUUUUCUAUUCCAAUGAAACAGCAUAAAGAUUGUAAUUUCUCUUAUGCUGGUCUAAAGACCCAAGUGAAACUAGCAAUUGCAUCCAGAAAUAUUGAUGCCAAGGUUCCCCUUUCAUGUGCAAGUAGCCAAGAUAGAUGCUCCCGAGCUGAUAUUGCUGCCUCUUUUCAGCGGGUUGCAGUGUUGCAUCUAGAAGAACGGUGUGAACGAGCAGUUGAAUGGGCAUUGAAGAUUGAACCUUCCAUAAAGCAUCUGGUAGUAUCCGGAGGUGUAGCAUCAAAUCUAUACAUAAGGGCUCAAUUGGAUAAGGUUGUUAACAAGUACAGUCUGCAGCUUGUAUGCCCCCCUCCCAACCUUUGCACUGACAAUGGCGUGAUGGUUGCUUGGACUGGCAUCGAGAACUUCCGUGUUGGAAGAUACGAUCCUCCUCCACCUGCCAAUGAUCCAGAAGAUUUCAUGUAUGAUUUGCGGCCAAGGUGGCCAUUAGGGGAGGAAUAUGCUGAAGGCAGGAGUGAGUCUCCCUAUUUGAGAAGGGCUCGGGUUCAUCCGUCACUUACAUCUCUUGUGCGCGCUUCACAUCAACAACAACGAUGAAAGAGUAUGCAUAUACAGAGCUCUUGGAGGGUUCUAAAUUCAGCGUCGCAAUGAUCCUUCGCAUAACUAUGAGAUGGGUAAUUGAGAUUACUUGUUGCAGUGGCAUCAAGUCUGAAUACGAAGAUGGGCAUCAAACAUAUUCAUCAAUAGUCUCUAUAAAACCUUUACUUUCGUCAAUUAAGAUGUAGUAUACAGACGAGAUGGAAAAGGUAAAUUUAUAUUUUCUUUUCGUUAGUGAAGAAACAUUGCUCUUUUCAAGGGUCUAAACAAAAACCAAGUAGCCAAUCCAAAAUU